UCGAGGGCUGGGUUGGCGGCGCAUUCUCCUGGCUAGGAGGGAACCAGCUAUCAGUCACAAGGAGGGGGUUCGACUGGGAGGGAGGGGGACUGACAUGUCUCUCGAAGACCCUUUUUUUGUAGUCCGAGGCGAGGUGCAGAAGGCGGUGAACACCGCCCGCGGGCUGCACCAGCGCUGGUGUGAGCUCCUGCAGGAUGGCGCUGCGGUGGGACGCGAGGAGUUGGACUGGACCACCAAUGAACUGCGGAAUGGCCUGCGCAGCAUUGAGUGGGACCUCGAGGACCUGGAAGAGACCAUCGGCAUAGUGGAAGCCAACCCAGGCAAGUUCAAGCUCCCAGCAGGGGACUUGCAGGAGAGAAAGGUGUUCGUGGAGCGCAUGAGGGAAGCUGUUCAGGAAAUGAAGGACCACAUGGUCAGCCCAGCAGCCAUAGCCUUCAUGGAGAGGAAUAACAGAGAGGAGGUGCUGAUGGCCAAGCCAGAUGCUCAGAAGUCACACAGUGACCUGCUGGAUGCCAGUGUGGUCUCAGCCACCUCACGCUACAUUGAGGAGCAGCAAGCCACCCAGCAGUUGAUCAUGGAGCAACAGGACCAACAGCUGGAAAUGGUGUCUGGGAGCAUCCGGGUUCUGAAACACAUGUCAGGCCGUGUUGGGGAGGAGCUGGAUGAACAGGGCGUCAUGCUGGAUGCCUUUGCUCAUGAGAUGGACCUCACCCAGUCCCAGAUGGACAGGGUUCUCAGGAAGAUGGCCAAAGUGUCCCACAUGACCAGUGGAUCUCGGUUGCUGAGCCUCUCCCAUGGAAAAUGUCUUCUCUGGUGCUGCAAAUCAAACACAGGAGCUUUCGCGUGCAAAACGUGCACUCUACCAGUUUCACCCCAGCGUGGUUUCCACUAUUUUUCCUUUUUGGGCACUGAGAACUGAACUCAGGGGUGCUUUACCACUGAGCUGCAUCCCUAGCAAACCUCCCCCUUUUGUUUAUGAAUUUGAGAUGGCCUUGCUAAGUGAUCCAGGCUGGCCUUGAACUCACCUUCCUGGCUUAUCCACCCAAAUUCCUGGGGUUGCAUUAGUGUGUUUCCACAAACAUUUUCUCUUUUCUUCCAAUCAUGGGAGUGCUGGCUGUGAACAGGGUGAAGGGGCAAGUGUGUACAGGACUUCCUGGGUUCUGGAGGACUUAACUGCAGGGGCAGUAAGCCAGCAUCACAGUAAAUUCUAGAUAGUUGUAGCUUUAAAAAAAAAAAAAAAAAUCAGGAACUGAACCAGGGCUGCUAAACCACUGAGCCACAU